CUUCCGUAUCCUUCACGCUGUAAACGCUACGCCUGUCUUCUUUGGGCGAUGACUGUGCCUCUUCCUUUGUUCUGGUCGUUGUUGUGCGACAAUAGGCACCCGUUACGAUGACGUGCGAUGUCUGUGCGCGAAAUCGCACGUUCACCGUGCCCCCCAACACUGAGGUUCGUUUGCGUUGCAUCUUUUUAUUUUGUCCUUCCAAACUGUGACGAAGAUGCCCAGCGCACAUCGUCUCGCUCACUCUCAUCGUUAUGGAGUCUAAACCACCUCUACCUAUCUCAGCGGACUCGUAUGUCUCGACUCACAGCACUGCCCUUGAAAUAGCUAGUUCACAGGCUUUGGUCGGCGAUGAAAACCCGCUCAACUGGUCGGCAAUGCGCAAAUGGCCCUUGUCCAUCAUCGUGAUUAUGAUGUCAGCAACGAUGGGCUACUACUCCGGUGUGCAUGCUGCCUCUAUCCAGGCGGUCGCAGAUUUCUACGGAUGUUCGGUACUCGCGUCCACGUCUGCAGUGUCAUUCUUUCUGCUCGGAUUUGCCAUUGGACCUCUUUUCUUCGCACCGUUGUCUGAAAUGCUGGGAAGGAAUCCGAUUCUUAGAGUCGCGUUUGGACUCUUUGUUAUAUCCAAUAUCGGAGAUGCGCUAGCGCCUAACAUCGAGACACUGUUGUUCUUCCGCUUCCUGGGGGGCCUCUUGGGAGCGCCGACAGUCACUAACACGGCAGGGUCCCUCACUGACAUGUGGGCUCCUCACGAACGAGCUGUUCCACUUGCUCUGUUCACCGCAGCAAGUUUCCUGGGUUUCGUCAUCGGUCCAAUCUGCGGCGGACCGAUAACGCAGUACGCGUCGUGGCAAUGGGGCUAUUGGACUUCCAUGAUCCUCGGCGGCAUAACCUACAUCUGCGCCCUCCUUUUUCUCCCAGAAACAUACGCCCCACAACUGGUCCGCGCGAAGCAAAUCAAAGCUGGUAGCGACCUCUCCAACGUUGACUGGAAGAAACGCGCGCGCGAUAACCUGGUUCGUCCAUGGGUUAUGCUCUUCACCGAGCCCAUCGUUUGGGCCUUGUCAACGUACAUGGCAUUCCUAUACGGGAUCAUGUGUCUCGUACUCGUCGCCUAUCCCAUCGUCUACAAAGAAUAUCGAGGCUGGUCAACUGCCAAGAUGAGCAUUGGAUACACAGGGCUGGCAGUGGGAAUGGCUCUUCCAACAAUCCUAUCGCCUCUGCUGAACCGCGCUCAUACACAUUUUGUACGCAAACUCGGUCCGCAGCCCGAAGCACGCUUUCCACUUCAGAUAGCCUUCACGUGGCUCACGCCCAUCGGCCUUUUCUGGUUUGCGUGGACAGCGACAGCGCCUAUACCGGCUGUUGUGCCCAUCUUGGCUGGGGUUCCGCUUGGUAUCGGUCUUCUGACGGCUUUUCUGGAUAUCGCAGCGUACCUUACUGAUUGUUAUGGUAUAUACGGGGCAAGUGCCCUUGCUGCAAAUGGACUUCUGUGUCGACUCUUUGGCGCAGCAUUUCCGCUCUUCUCGAAACGGUUGUAUGAGAGCUUGGGUGUGCCGUGGGGAACUAGUCUGUUGGCUUUCGUCGCCACGGCUAUGGCGCCUAUCCCGUGGAUCUUCUAUCGCUAUGGGCCGGCGAUCAGAAAGAAGAGCGCAUACCAUCAAGCCGCAAUGGGUCGUAUAUAGAAUGCGAUACGCGUUUCGUUGUGUUACAUUUUGGAGACUGGAGAAGCAUUGCGACCAAAACGUUUGAGGAUCCUAUGGCUUUUCUAUGUUGCCUGUAUCGUAGUCACUGAUUGAACAAUGCGAAUGAACUGAGAACUGAUGAACGCGA